AAUUUUCUACAUCCCGAUCGACCUGUUGACUGCUCUGGCUCCAGACAGACCCGAAGCACUGAGCAACCUCGGAGCUGGCCGAUAGAGUCCCGAGUGAGCGCCAGGGCCGGCCGUGGUGCAACACGAGAGACACUGUCCGCGUCCUCGUCCUCGUCCUCUCCCCUUUUUCUUUUUUCUCUUUCUUUGCUUCAGCGCAAAACUGAAUCCCUCUGUCCGGGACCGCUGUGCACCGUUUCGUGCAUUCCUCCAAGCGGGGAGACCGCCCGCUCUCUUGAUCACACGCCCCCCAAGAUGCGCUCCAGCAUCGCCUGCUCCCGCUGCCGGCGGAGCAAGAUCAAGUGUGUCAAUGCCGGCAUCGACACUACCUGUCGCGCCUGCGAAUCCUCCGGGAGGGACUGUGUCUAUCCGACCCCGGCCAUCGGAGUGGGCGGAGGUGCCGCCAAACGAGAUAUUGGAGCGACCAUCGACGGUGAUGAUCGGAAUGGCGAAUGGGACAGUCCCAAGCGCCAGCGCUCGCGCAAGGCCGUGGGAGGAUCGAGCGUCGGCGCAAAAGAUGCUGCCCGAGCCAAUGGGGAUGUGCUGGAAUCCUCGAUUCUGACCGUGAAGACGUGGGAGACCUUGUUUGAGCUGUUCCAGGCGCAUUUCUCCACCGUCCUGCCUUUCCUCCACCCGACCACCUUUCUCAACCAGAUCCGCCAGCUAUCCGCCUCCCAAGGGGAUGCGCAGUCCACGAGGGAUCUGUCCCAGAGUCCGGCGCCCAAGCCGGAACCGUCGCCAUUGAUCCUCCUGGGCGUCUUGGCCCUCACCGCGCGCUUUCACCCGCAACUCGUCGCCUACCACUCUCCAGCAUCUGCGGGCAACCCGUCCAAUCCGCUGGCGGCGUCUGAGUUCUACGCAACGGCGCUGCGCAACAAAAUUGCUGGCGUCGACGGCCUGGGCCUCACCAUCCCGGACCUCACCCGGAUCCAAGCACUCCUGAUGCUGGCCCUGCAUGAAUGGGGCAUGUGCCGCGGCAAGAGUGCCUGGGUGUACGUGGGGGUUGCCAUCCGGCUGGGGCAAGCCAUGGGACUGUCCUUCGAGCUCGAGAACGACCUGACGCGAGAUCCAAACCGAUCACCCGUUUUCAAGGCGGAGGCGGAUCAUUUCGGCGUCGCCAAGAGAGAGGAGCAGAAGGAGCAGAAUUCGGAUGAUGUGAUUGCCCUGGAGACGAAGCGGAGGACCUUCUGGGCGUGUUUCAUUAUGGACCGCUGCCUGAGCAGCGGCAAGUAUCGACCACAGAUGAUCAACGUCUACGAUCUGGACAUCCAGCUGCCCAGUGAUAAUGCCUUUGCGUUUGGUGAACGGGUGCGGACAUCGCGAUUGAAUGACGGCACUUCUCGCCGGCCCCCCAGCUUCGAUGCCCAGAACGUCCAGAUCCCGAGUCUCCGUCAGAGCAUUGGGUAUGGAGACGAGAAGCUGCGGAACGGCUCCAUGGAUUCCAAAUCGUGGUCCUCGGGACGUCAGCGCAGUGAAUCUGGUGAUCACGAAAUCGAUCGAUGGGAAGUAGGCGCGGAGGAAUCCGUCUUGAGCAGAGUGAUCCGGAUCAUCAGAAUCUGGGGCAGUAUCGCCAAGUGGGCCUGUGCUGGUGGAAGAAGGAACGAGAACUAUCCACCAUGGCAUCCGGAAUCCCGCUUCAUCCAACUGCGAAGCAUGCUAGCGGAGUUUCAAGAUGUGCUACCCCGCAAUAUUCAGUAUUCUCCCCGGAAUACGGACACUCAUAUUAUGUACAAGCAUACACUGGCACCAUACACCGUGAUGCACGUAGUGUACUUCCUGUCAGUCAUUGUGCUACACCGCGCCUACAUGCCCUUUCUGCCUAUCCGAUGCGGUGAACCGCUCGGUCCGCUGGAUGAACCGACCUUGCCUGUCGACAAGUACCACCCUCCGGACGGUUUCUGGAGAGAGAGCGCCCGCGAGUUGUUCAAGGCAGCCCGCCAGAUGAUGGACCUAGUCGUCACCUGCCAGGAACGUGGAGUGCUCGUGGAGACCCCGCUUGUCGGAUUCGCGAUCUACAACGCGGCCUUUAUCGGAGUCUACGCCGCCCAUUUCAGCCAUAUGGAUCAGGAAGGCUACAUGUGUUCCAAGUCGGCCGCGUCCGACACGGUCGCCGUUGGAAGUCCCGGCCAGCUUCAAGCUCGCAGGGGACUCGAGAUCCUGCGUGAAAUGCGGCCGCGGCUCAAGAUGGCUGCAGGAUGGUUCAGAACGAUCAAUCGCCUCCACACCUACUUCUCCAGGGUCAAGAAGGAUUUCAGGAGAAACUCGCGAAAGUCGGACCUGAUGACCGGCCACGAGACCGCCGAGGCUCAUACAAACGGCGUCCGUCCAAUCCGUGAGGGUGGGACAGGAGGAGGCCUGGACGAAUUCAAGCUGCUGGAGAAACUCUUCCUCGAUUUUGGCAUCUUGGAGGACCAGCUGCCCGAGAACGACCAGGAUGGUGGUCUUCCUCUCUUGCCUGCUGCUGGUGAGCGUGGUGUUACUGCGAGCGAUGCCGGAAGUAAUGCCGUCAAGAGUGAAGCUGGUGACGGCUCCGAAUCUCAACUCGAUGGCGCUGGGGGCAGACGAGAGUCCUGGAUCCCGAUCAACAACAACAGCCCUGUGCAUGGAAUGCCGGACGGCGAGCGUCAAUUCGAACGUCGUCCCAGCCUGCCUAUGCCUCCCGGUCGACAACUGCCGGCUCAGUCGCCAUAUUCCCUUCCCUCCCUGCAGCACCACCCUCACGGCCCGAUCGCCGCCACUACUUCGCCCAGUCUCCCAUCUCUCACUUCCCCGAAUGCAUAUGCCUCGCCUCCAACGAACCAGCCUCAGUCGCAGUAUCUCCCCCCUACGAACCGUCUGCAACCUCUCAACUCGUGGGUUACGGCGCGUCAGCAGCCACCGCCGCCGCCUCCAUACUCUCAAUCGCUUCCCCCGAUCAGUGCUGCCGCUCAGCACGGGUAUAACAUGCUGCCGCCUCCCGGCACCACUACUACUGCUAGCUACGCGGUCACGCUGCCUGUCGCGCCCUACGAGGGAUCUGAUCCGUCUGUGUGGUCGACCAGCUUUGGUGGCGACGACGUCAUCGCGUUUGUGGACGGCUGCAGCCACGAGCUGUGGCCGUCGACCUCGAAUCUAGAGGUUGGUAGCCCAACCGGCUGGCUGAGCGCCCUUUGGACCGAUCUCCGAUAAACUGUGCGGCUGUCAUUCCAUCACAGCAUUUCAUUUCUUUUUUCGAUUUUUUUUUAUCUCUUCUGGCUGUAUUAUUAUCGUGUCAUCACGUCCUGUACUGUACUGCGCCGGCAAUUCACCCAGCUGGCUACGAUACAAAAAGGGAAAUAUGGUGUCAUAAGGGGGUCGGGAUUUGGGUAAGGCAUAGGAAAAAAAAAGCGUGGUAAUUCAGGGGUCGACACUCCUGCAGGUGUUAUUGGGUGACUCGA